GUUAGAUUCAGGAAGCACGACGACUGCCCUCUGCAUCAAAGAAGGAACUACGCAAAUUCACCACAGAAAACGUCCAGUGGUCCGAACAUCCAUGGUUUGGAAUACCGCCUGUCUGCAGCACUGAGGAAGCAGGAAUGGCAGCAUUAGUUUUGCAAAUGGAUUAUACUUGAAUACGACGAUUUUAAAGAGUUGAAUCUUCACCAGAACCUUCUGACUCCAUCUUAAAGUAAAGUUGGAGGAUAACGUGGUUUAUCUGGAGAUUUGCUUGUCUAGACUGGUCUUGUAAACCUCCUGUACAUGCAGGGACAAGGUGGAGUUCACGAGGCCUGCAGAAGCUCCAAUGGAUGUGCUUGGUGAAAAUGAAGCGUUGCAGCAGUUUUUUGAUGGGCAGGACGUCAGUGGUGUGUUGGACAGUGCGACAGUAGACACCAGCAUUCUAGAGAGAUAUCUGAGCAAUGAGAUCGACGCGACUUUUAUGUUACCUGAUUCGCCUCCAGAUUCAAGUUCAGAACCUUGUUCUCCUCCACAAAUACCAGAUGUCCAGUUGGGUUCUGAUUGGUCCUCUGGGCAGAUGAGUCACGCCACACCUGCCCCAGAAGGCCUGUGCACUGAUGCUUCCCUCCGCCUUAAAGGCCCUGGAGUCCUGGAGUCCUGCCCAGCCGUACCCCCCCCCCAGCACAACCACGCUACCGCUGCACGGCCGGGGAAGUCCAGCUCGCCAUCAUUAGUGCAGGCUGCGUACAGCUUCUCCAUACCGCCUUGCUACGUCAGCCCUGCGGAGGGCUACGGCCAAGCCAGCAAACCCCCUGCAGACAAAGAGGGCAGACACGCGGACCCAGCAGGCAGCUACACGGAGGCCGGCGUCUCCACCGUCUCCCCGUGCCUCCUAUCUCACGCUGCGUACCCGGACUCGUACGCCACUCCCAAACCAGCCCUGAGUGCAGAAAGAAUCUCCCCUGAAAGGAAGCGGAGAAGACCCUCGGGCUGUUUCCACGGGAACCUGGACCAACAGCACCAGUGGGGAAACUCGGUUUGGCCCAAGGCUUCAUUCUCAGGUCCUGACGGUGGGACAUGUGAGAUGCCAUGCUAUGAGGGUGAUGCCCAGGGGACCAGUGCAGACAUGGGAGCAUACCAGCUACUGACGUGGCAAUGUUACCAGCCCAGCCAGUGGACCAGCCUCUACAACCAGAGCUACCAAACACUUCCACCCACAGGCUACCACGUGGACGCAGAUAAAGGGUUCAGUUACUCUGCAGCCGACGAAGCCUUCGUGUGUCAGAAGAAGAACCACUUCCAGGUCACAGUUCACAUUGGGAUGACUGGGGAGCCCAGAUAUGUAGGAACUCCCGCAGGUCCUGUGCCUGUGGAGAGCUUCCAGCUGGAAGUCUUCGGAGUCAAGCUGGAGGCCCCGGACCACCACGUCACUAUCGAGCAGUCACAGUCUGAUCGCAGUAAAAAACCUUUUCUGCCUGUCCAAGUAACCCUGCCUGGCAACAAGGUAACCAAGGUUACACUUGGCCGAUUACAUUUCAGUGAGACCACUGCUAAUAACAUGAGGAAAAAAGGCAAACCCAAUCCAGACCAGAGGUAUUUUCUAAUGGUAGUGGGGCUUUAUGCCACUGUCAAAGAGCAGAGUUACCUACUGGUUGCAAACAUAUCCGAGAGAAUUAUUGUUAGGGCGUCCAACCCAGGGCAGUUUGACAAUGAUGGCGAGGCACUCUGGCAGAAGGGCCAGACCCCAGACUCCAUGGUGUGCCAGGGGAGGGUUGGCAUAAACACAGACAUCCCGGAUGAGGCUCUAGUGGUGUGCGGGAAUGCCAGGAUAAUGGGCGCGGUCAUGCAUCCCUCGGACAAGAGAGCCAAAGAGAACAUCCAAGAGGUGGACUCCACAGCUCAGCUGCAGCGGAUAGCUCAGAUGAGGAUUGUGGAGUAUGACUACAAACCCGAGUUUGCCACAAAGAUGGGAAUCGACACUGUGCAUGAAACAGGGAUCAUAGCCCAGGAGGUGAGGGAACUGCUUCCCACAGCCGUGAGAGACGUUGGGGAGGUCACCUGCUCUGACGGAGAGAAGAUUCACAACUUCCUGAUGGUGGACAAAGAACAGAUCUUCAUGGAGAAUGUGGGCGCAGUGAAGCAGCUCUACAAACUCACUGACAACCUGGAGGCGCGGCUUCAGGAGCUGGAGGUGUGGAACGCCCGUCUGGCCAAGCUGAAGAACCCGGGAAGUGUGUGCUCCAAAACGGGCUCUGCUGAGAGUGGAAACGUUCCUAAAAACAACAAACCCCAAGCGUCAGAACCCUCCAGAAAGACCUCCCUGCUGAAGGCUGGCAAAGAGUAUGUAUGUGAAAAAUACCAAGACUGCCUUCAGAACAGAAUAUUCCAGACUACAGGCAUUAUGCUUGUGGUAAUUAUGGCUUUCUGUGCAAUCUGUAUAACUUCACUCUAUAUGCUCACAGUAAGAGAUGAUUUGGACAAUGUUUCCAGCCCAGGUAACUCCACCAUGUUUCCAGACUCCGCAGCCACAGAACAUUUGCCCACAGUGUUCCCUACAGCGCCAGAGCCUUGGCCACCAGAACUUGAUUUCUCCAGCGUGUACUACUCCGAUCAGGUUUACUGCUGCCCUCCCACAGCGUCCAGACGGCCCACGACUGCCGAGACGUGUGCGUCUCUUAAUCCGGACGCCCUGCCCAUGCCUGAGGACACCAGUCAGAGACCUGAAGAUCAGACGUGGAGAGAGCUGCAGAGACAUUACAGUGACUGGACAAACACGACCAUUCAGUCAAUUUUCAUCACACAAAACCAGCAGUUUAUAGACCACCGCUACAUAGACCACAGUCUCAGUGGGAAAGGAAACUACAGCUAUCUGAUCCCCAUCAGUAAACACAUUCCACUCAAUAUGCCGGUCACCCUGCAGAUGAACAGUACUGAGCUGCUGGUUGUCCACCUCUGUGGCUACGAGCUGACAGAGAUGUGUGCGGCGUUUCUUGAGGACUACCUUGGGAACAGGUUUCAUGCUGUUCCCAACACACAGGGGUACAUACACCAGUGGACACUGCCAGUUACUCAGAGAUAUAGAUCAUCUUACCACUUCCGUGUUGCAGUUGCUGGUCAGUCUGACUGUGCUACAGAUCCCAACUACGUGGAAGUACUUUUUACUGACUAUUAUUUCCAUUUUUACCGCCGCUGCCAGUGAUGCACACCUGAGCACAGCACACCUGAGCACAGCACACCUGAGCCCACUACACCUGAGCACACCACACCUGAGCCCAACAUAUCUAAGCCCAACACAACAGAGCACAGCACACCUGAGCCAAACACACCCGAGUCCAGUGCACCCGAGCACAGUGCAUAGGAACACAGCGCACCAGAGGACAGUUCAUCUCAGACCCUGGUAACUCUGUCUGAGGAGGACAACAGGCUGAACUGAUGAGGACUACUGAGGCAGAAAAACAACUUCUCAAAUGAAAUGUGUUGUAUGUCGUGCGUUUGUGUGUGUGUGUGUGU